AUUAAUUCGUUCAGGAACCCGUCAUCUUCUGCUCACGGUCUGGCUUCCAAAAUCCAAAACGCGUUUGUGUCACCUCUCUUGACACAUUCACACGCUUUCCUCCCCCCUCCUUCCUUCCAAGAAAUUUCCUGCCCAUCAUCCUUCACCCACUCCCAACUUUAUAAUACCCCCAUCCUCUCCUCUCCCUGCUCCAAUCCACACCCUAUUCCCACCCCUAUUCCUAAACCAAUCUCGACUGAUACACUGAAUAUUAGUUGAUUAGAGGGAAUUAGUCGCGGAAGAUGGAGGCCAACAACGAGUUCUGGAACUUCAGUGAUCAGAUCCGGCUCCAGACCACCAACUUAUCCAACCUGUCUAUCGGGGAUAGCAUAUGGAGCGACUCGUUUGUGAGAAGAAUCGACGAGCGCCGAAACUUCGAGAACCCCGUAGGGCCUUCCGAUCUCGUCUGGAAGACGGGGUUCGGAAAUCAGAAGCUGGCGUUCGGGAAUAGCACCAACGAGAGGUACAACAACAGCAAUACGGGAAAGAAUAGCGGUGGGAAUAACGGUGGACUGAAGAAUGAGAAUUUUGUAAAUAAUGGUUAUAACAACGGUAUUAAUAACAACGGGGAGAUCAAGAAUUAUUUUAGCAAGGCGAUCGGGAAGUCGGUGAAUAACGGGUAUGGCGGGAGGAAGAAUAAUGGUAAUGACGGAGGGAGUGGGAAGAAGAAGAAGAACAGCAAUUACGGGAAUAACAACGACAAUAACAACAAUAACAAUGGAGCGGUGGAUAAGCGAUUCAAGACGCUGCCGCCGUCGGAGGCCCUGCCGAGGAGUGAAGCGGUCGGGGGUUAUAUCUUUGUCUGCAACAACGAUACCAUGGAGGAGAAUCUCCGAAGGCAGCUUUUUGGCCUGCCGCCAAGGUACAGAGACUCGGUUCGGGCGAUCACACCAGGGCUGCCUCUUUUCCUCUACAACUACUCGACCCAUCAGCUCCAUGGAAUUUUUGAGGCGGCUAGCUUUGGAGGAACCCACAUCGAUCGAACGGCUUGGGAGGACAAGAAAUGCCCUGGGGAAUCCCGUUUCCCUUCUCAGGUGAGGGUGGUGACGAGGAAGGUCUGUGAACCACUGGAAGAGGACGCCUUCCGCCCAAUCCUUCAUCACUACGAUGGCCCCAAGUUUCGUCUGGAGCUCAAUAUCCCUGAGGCUCUGGCCCUCCUUGAUAUAUUUGCGGAAAACAAUGCUUGAGAUGGAGUUGGCCUCUUCCUGUAUAACCACUACUAGUAAUUCAGAGCAUUCGACAGGCAUAUCUAUAUAUAAAUAUAUCUGUUCUUCGUACUACUUACUGAAUAAGUUUGUCUCUCCUGGGGAGAAAUUUUGGUGGGCUAUGUGAUCCAGGAGAUGAAGGGUGGGGUGAUGAACCCUGAUGUUCGGUACUUAACUCCAGUUUUGUAAAAAGUUUCUCGAGGCAGACUUUUGUCAUGUAAAUAAGUUAUAUAUGAAAGAUUAUCUUUUUCAUGCAAAUAAUAGUAUUUGAUGGCAUCUUUUGUUUG